AUGAAGGCUGCUGAAGAGGUUAAAGAGGGAUCAUCAAAACAAGAGAAUGCUGGCAAAAAUCUAAAGUAUAGGCUAGAAAUAUUGGUAUCGGAUCCGCAGAAGCGUUCAGGAGACCAAGGUACGGCAUCAUCCUAUGUCAGUUACCAAAUUUCCACCAAAACAGAUAAUCCAAUUUAUCACAAGAACUACGGCGGUGAUAAGAAUGCCAUCAUAGUGGUUCAUCGAAGGUACAGUGAUCUUUUAUUGCUCCACAACAUACUCCUGAAUGAUCAUCCAACAUGCAUUGUGCCUCCACUUCCAGAUAAGAAAGUGUUGCAAUAUAUAGCCGGGGACCGCUUUAGCCAGAGUUUCACGCAAAAGAGAUGCCAUAGCCUGCAGAAUUUCCUGAGACGAGUCGCGAACCAUCCCACUUUGAGCCAAUCUACGGUCUUGAUGACCUUUUUGGUAAGCAAGGAUUGGGAUGCAUAUAGAAAGAGCAUAUCUGGGCACCUUCAGACAAACAAAGAAGAAGUAACCGAUGCCUUUAUGAAUGCUUUCAAGACAGUUCACAAACAAAGCGAUGAGUUUAUCGAAAUCAAGGAGAAAAGUGAUAAGCUGGACCACAAUGUCGCAAAGAUCGACAAGAUAUUCCAUAAGGUGGUCAAGAAGCAUGACCUGAUCUCUGAAGACUAUGCCAAAUUAGGGGCGAAUCUACAAGAUUUGCAAGAGCUUUGCAGCGGUGAGAAUGACGAGUUGGCCAAAAAAUUGAGGCUGUUCAACGAGGGAAUAACUCAGCUCUCCUUUGGAAUACGCGACCUCAGUAAAUUCCUGGACUACGAGUACAUUGUGGAUCUGAAGGAUUUGGAGCAUUAUAUCGACAGCAUGAGCCAGCUGAUCAAACUUAAAGACCAAAAGCAGAUCGACUAUGAGGAACUUAGCGAAUACUUGACCAAGUCAGUAAAUGAAAAGAACAACCUGAUCUCGGGAUAUGGAGGUAGUAACUUUUUCACAAACAAGUUAGAAGAGCUGGCUGGCAUAAAUCAGGAGGCUGCCCGUCGUGAGAAAAUCGACAAGCUAGAGACCAAGAUCAGUUCUUUGACAAGCGAGUUAGAAAGCGCUAAGAAAGUCGCCGACGCCUUCGAGCAGGAAACUUUAAAAGAGGUGGCGCUGUUCGAAGACCUGAAAACCAGGGAGCUAAAGGAAUCGCUGGGAAGCUUGGCUGAUCAUCAUAUCGAGUUUUACGAGAAGAUGCUCGAAACAUGGAUCAAAGUCGAUGAGAGUCUAUAA